AUGUCCGUUAACGACAGUAUCGAUCCCCGGUUCCUAUUCCAUGUAGAAGACGACUCUUUGCGGUUCCGUGUCGGAGAUUCCGGUUCCAAGAGCCGGGAGCUCGAAACCGUCGGCGAUCGGCAUUUCGGGAUUUCCAGAAUCCGGCAAGGAUUCUGCGGAAAUAGAAUUGAGAAGGACGAAACCGAUGGAGAUAAUGACGACGAAGACGACCGAGGACGUGGUGUCCUGAUUCAGCCUGGUAUUGAUUCCGGUAGUUCUGCAGCUGUAGAGAGUAAAAACCCAGGAUCUUGGCAACUUGUAGUGAGAGAAGAUGAGGAGGAUAAACCAUCGAAUGAUCGCCAUCGAAUGAUCACUAAUCCAGAUGGUAAAGUAUCUAAUUCCCACCAUCACUCCAAGUCAAAGAGAGAUUUUGCUUCUGUGGAGAAAGAGAGAGUCACUACCAGUAUAAGCUCUUGGGAGUCUCUCAAGUCCAUCCUCUCUGAUCCUGUCACCGGAGCCUUAAUGAAUGAUGCUACGAUACUGCCUUGCGGACAUUCUUUUGGAGCCGGAGGAUUGAAAGAAGUUAAAAGAAUGAAAGCAUGUUUUACAUGUUCUCAACCUACUUCAGAAGGAUCAGCAAAGCCAAAUCUGUCUCUCAGAAUUGUAGUUCAUGCUUUCCGCCAAGAAGAAGUUUCAGAUUAUAUUCCCUCGCUGAAGCGAAGGAAAGAAAAGUCGGAUCAGCAUAAGAGAAGUUUCUGCAAUCCAAACAUCACAGAAACUCCUAAGAGUAGUAGAGGCAUACAGUUUCCUUUCUCCAUUGGAGAUCAUAUUAUCAUAGAGGGAAACAAAAGGACACCACMACGGUUUGUAGGACGCAAGGCUGUUAUAAUGACACAUUGCUUAAAUGGAUGGUAUGUUGUGAAGACAGUGGACAAUGCAGAGUCUAUUAAGUUACAACAUUGCUCACUUGCCAAGAUUCCAGACAAUUCGCCUGCUAAGGUAACAGUAGCUGAAAUGGCACCGGCUUGGCUCUAG